UCGAACUUGUUGUUGUUGUGUUGUCAGCAAGUUGGCGUGGAAAUUUGAAAUACUUCGUGCAACUCGCUCAAUGGAGGACGAGGAAAGUCCACGGAAAUCACUGCCAAUCUUGAACGUGAGCGAGAGGCCGACGAGGAACCGCAAGCGAAACUCGCGGUUCUUCAACGACGAUGAGGACACAUCCUGGAUGAACCGUUCGCCCCGGAAAAGAGGUGCCCAGUUCACCGUCACACCGCCGGGAACGCCGAAAUACAACAUACAUUCUUCGAAACGUGAGGAGAAAACGACACUCCAAGAGAAAGCGAUCGGCCACAUUCCUCCUGCCGGCCCGCUGGUCAAAACGAAACAACGGAUUAGUUCACUCCGGGGACCGGACCGAUCUGUGUUGAGUGCUGCGAGUUCGAAGCUAAAGAAUUUCCUCAAAUUACCGAAAGCUCACAAAUGGGUGAUGUACGAGUUCUUCUACAGUAACAUCGACGACUGCCUCUUCAAUCAGGAAAACGAGUUCAGUAGUUAUCUCAAACAAAGCUUCCCAUUCCUAAAAACAAGAAAUCUUACGCGUACCGAAUGGUCACGCAUUCGUCGCUUCAUGGGAAAACCACGGAGGUGUUCAGCGGCGUUUUUCGACGAGGAAGUUCGCGCGCUCCACGAGAAGAGGGAGCUCAUAAGACAUUUACAACAACGACUCAUCGACAAAUUGGAACAUGUGGAACAUUUACCUCCGGAAAUACCCCUUUCCUUGGUGAUCGGAACCAAAGUCAUGGCCUAUGUACAUGAGAAAGAUGGUCUAUUCGUCGGGACCAUCGACGCAGUCGACACACAGAGUGCCACUUAUCGUAUAUCCUUUGAUAGGCCCGAAGUGGGUAUAGUCACCUGUCCUGAUUUUGAAGUGCUCAGUCUUCAACGCGUUGAACGAAUGCCAAUCGAAUACUUCAUCCAGCGACCUCGAAUGCAACCAGCUCCCCGAACCUUCUUCCCAUCAUCUCUGAAAAAUGACGGAGAUCCCUUGCUUUCCUCGUCAAUCAGCGAUUCCCGAUUCGGGAGUGGUUUCCCGCUAGAGUUUUUGUCGCUGGUGGUUACGCUGACCCGGGUACUGAGUGACAAGAAACGUAAAAUCGAGAAACUCAAAGAAAUGAACUACUUGGCCGAAAGGAGCGUACUCAACAAAAACCUCGUAUCCGUGCCCUUUAAGAAGAGAUACGCUAUGAUCCUGUUGGAUCUUUCUCAAUUGAAUCACGAUCUCGAGGAAUGUCUCGAGGGCAUACACAAAUAUUCGGAGGAAAUGCAGCCAGACCAGGAUCACUCUCUGCUCUCACAUCCGCUUGCGCUGAAGGCACGUGCAACGAGCGAAGCGAAGAACACAGUGGCUCUCAACAACGGCGACCCGCCGAUGGUAGCGAACGAAGCUCACCUCGACCUAAUCCAGAACUUGAUGAUUAUUCUGCUACAAGUGAAAACGGCAACGGAGAAAAAGCAAGCGACCUUCGAACUGCGUUCCCUCAAAGAAGCAAUUAAAGACCUCCAGAGCAAAGUCAGCCCGAGUUCAAUGAUCGUUUACGAAAAUGAAGUCGAAGUUCAUCUGGUGCACAUACAACAUCUACUCACUAAGAAAGCCGAGGAGAAUCUCCGAGCUCGGAUGGAGAAUAUCGUUGAAGACAAGAAAUAGAGCGACGACUACCUCGAGUCUCAAUUCUCCCCCGGCCCAUCAUUUGAGAACCAUUCAACACAGACGGAAAACCAUUGGAUCAUGCCAGCGGAGGCCGAAUCCGAAGGAGAAUCCAU